CACUUUCACCAAUCAAAGUGUUUUAUAAUUGUACUACCAUUGCUUCAAAGCUAAAUAUUUUUCAAACACAAACACCAAAUUUAACAUUUCUGCUAUCAUUUCGCUGCAUGCAUGGGAGAUCCCGCCAAUUCUAGCAAUCCCUACGGCCCUGCCUCUUCGACCUACAGAGGCGUCCGCAAGAGAAAAUGGGGCAAAUGGGUGUCGGAAAUCCGCGAGCCCGGAACCAAAACCCGAAUUUGGUUAGGCAGCUUCGAGACACCAGAGAUGGCCGCGGCCGCAUAUGAUGUGGCGGCGUUCCAUUUCAGGGGUCGCGACGCAAGGCUCAACUUCCCUGAACUUGUCAGUAACUUGCCUCGCCCCGCCAGCUCAACCCCCGAUGACAUACGCAUGGCGGCACAGGAAGCAGCCUUGAUGCUGAGAGGUAGUGGUGCUGGUGCGGUUGAAGGUCAUGAUCAGGUUGAGGGCUCCAGCUCAAACGUCGGGCCGGUGACGGUGAGGCUCUCGCCGUCUCAAAUCCAAGCGAUCAACGAGUCACCCUUGGAGUCGCCCAAAAUGUGGAUGCAAAUGGCAGAGCCUACGAUGUUCUCUGAUGACUUUGAGAAUCAGUGGGAGGAUAUGCCAAAUGACUCUCUUUGGGACCCUUAAUUAGGUAAUUAACGUUUAGUAAAAUGGCAAAAUAUGAACUACAGAUAUUAAUUUCCUAAAAUUAUUAUCAUAUACAAUUAUUUUUAUUAUAAAAUACAUGUUUGGGACGUAGUUUGACUAAAAUAUAUGAGCUAUAUAUUCAAAUAAAUCUUCCAAACAUAUACAGUUUCAUAAAAAAAAAAAAAAAAAAGAUGGGGACAAGUCUACCCAUAGAAAAAGUUUGGUAAAGUUUGAGCUUAAUUUUUUUCAAAUUGAUUGACAAAAUUAGCAGAUUAAAAUGAUUUAAUUGUUGAUGGAACAAUCAUAUAUAUAUAUGGUUUGAGGAAACACCAACUUUCUUGGUUAUCCAAUUUUUAAACAUCUGGAUUGGAGGGACACUGAUGACUGAUCAAGCAUUAGUUUUGGUGUGGUAGUAGGUGAGGUGGGAUCGAUUUGUGUUGUGUGAAGGAGGAACAUAAACUCUUUGGCUACUUUUUAAAUCAGCCUUAGAAGAGUGUACUCGAUCGUGUGAUUUUAUUUUUCUUGCUCUCAUCAUUUACAUUAUUUGAUGUAAUGCAAAUAAUUUGUCAUUGAGAUUAAUAUACGUAAUAAUACUAGUGUGUGUGGGCAAUCAUUUUUUA